ACCACUCUUGAAUCUGACACUGGAAUGCCAACUGAUCUCGUCCCUUCGUACUACUUCAUACUACAUCAUCCAGACCUGUGAACAGCUCGAUUCAACCAAAACAAAACAAACAAGCCUGUCUCACUACCCCGGACUCGAGUUCUCUCUCUCGAUUCUACUACUAAAAACCGAGCUUACACCUCGCCGAUUUACAAGUCGAAAGAAGCUUCUCUUUCCCUCGGACGUGCUUCGACAAAAGGUCUACAGGAUCAGGGCGAGAGAAGAUUGAGAUACAUCAGAUUAACCCCUACCUGGACUUCGACACCACGCUCCCAUCUCGAUAACACAUUAGCAUCAGGGAACCUGCUUUCUUUUCUACCUCUCUCUCAUAUCAAAGAGAAGAGCUAUACUUCACAUUACAUCACAUCACACAAAAUGGGUCUCGUCACAUUGAAGAACCUCCUCUUCGGUCGCACGCCACCCCCGACGCGCGCCAAAACCAUCAACGGCCGCGCCGAGAGCACAAUGUCAGAUGAGACUAUCGUCGACGGCGGCGACCUCGAGAGGCAACCCCUGCUGCGGUCCAGCGACCGGACGGUCUCGACGGCGACCAUGGCGACGGCGACGUCAGAAACAUCAACGACGUCUACGAGGGUCUCGGAGAGCGACUCUCGCAGCUUCCGCCUCGACGCUCGCAUGAUUUCCGACGCCACUAUUGGCCUGUCCGACGGCCUGACGGUGCCCUUUGCCCUCACGGCCGGCCUGUCAGCACUAGGACAGACAAAGGUUGUCAUCUUUGGCGGUAUGGCGGAGUUGAUUGCCGGUGCUAUAUCAAUGGGUCUUGGUGGCUAUCUCGGAGCCAAGAGCGAAGCUGCAUCCUACAAGGAAACCCGCAGCGAAUGCACCCGCCUAACCCAGGACGACCCGGCCAUGGCCCGCGCCCAGGUCCUCGAGGUUCUCGAACCUUACGACCUGCCCAAACAGACCCUCGAAGACGUAACAGACCACCUCUCGACCUCGCCCCGACUCAUCGACUUCCUCAUGCAAUUCCACCACUGCGAGCAGGAACCGGCCUCCAACCGCGCCUUCAUCUCCGCCCUCACCAUCGCCGCCGGCUACCUCCUCGGUGGUCUCAUCCCGCUGUUCCCCUACUUCUUCGUCCCCGCCGAGGACGUCUACCUGGCGCUCUACAUCUCCGUCGCCGUCAUGGCCGUCGCGCUGUUCGCUUUUGGCUACGUCAAGACGUGUAUCGUUUCCGGCUGGUCUGGCUUCCGGUGCGUGAGACAGGCUGUCGUCGGUGGGUUGGAGAUGGUUGUCGUCGGUGGUGCGGCGGCGGGUGCGGCGAUGGGGUUGGUGAAAGCUUUUGAUCAGCUGGCGCAGUCUGAUGAUGUGUCUGCGUUGGCGAGCAAGAUUUUCUAAUACCCUCACACCUAUUUUCUUUUUUUCUUACUCAUUUUUCGACUUACGUCGUCUGUCUGGACAAGCUCCUUUUUCUUACUUCAAUACCUCUACUCUUCUUUUUAUUCUCUUUGUCUAGGGUGUACACGGGAUGUGUUACACGCCAUCAAGGUAGUAAGGAGGCACAGGAAAACUCGGACCGGGGGUUCAGGCCGGGGCAAAGGAAAAUCUCCCAUGUUUGCAUCGUUUAGCGUUUACGCGGUUACUUCGAGGGAACCAUAUUAUCCCAGAGUCGCCUUCCAGAUCGAGAAGAUGGUUAGGUCGCAGCGAUGCGAAAGAGGGCGGCGUUGGCGUCGAAGAGUCUCACGAAACUAUGGGAUAUGACAGCAAGGACAGCUGCAGG